AUGACCGGGCUAGUUCUUCGACGCAAGCGCUGUCGAAGUAUGAUGACAGACAAACCAGAAAUUGAGGUUGGAGUUGUUUCUAAGAUUGAUGGUAGAGCAGAUGAUGCAACAACUCUUCAGGCCUCACCCCAUAAUGAACAGGGUAACGGCUCUCCACAAAAUCCUUACAGGUUGCCCUUGCGACUUGAUCCCAACGAUAGUGGUUGUUAUCACUGUACUUCACAAUGCUGUCAAUGUGUAUUUUUUGAACGUCUUAUGGAUAGCGUUUACAGUAGUCUACAUUUUAAGCGGAUCACAGAAGUCGCUGGUUCACGUCAUCUUUGUGCAAAGUCACUUUUACCAACUUUUGUUUCUCGCAUGGUUCAAUUAAUGAAAAUAACUUCUGAAGAUACAUUUUAUGAUCUUGGUUGUGGUAAUGGAUCUGUUUUAUUUCAAGUGGCUAUUUUAACAGGUGCUCGUUGUGUGGGUGUGGAGAUCAGUGAACACAAUGCCAAUCUUGCAAAAUCUGCAUGGGAAACUCUCAAACCAAAAAUUGAAUCCUUAUUGGGAAAAAAAAUGCCUGAAGUGAAAAUAAUAAAUGAAGACAUGACAAAAAUUCUCGCUAAUAAAACAUUGUUUGACUCGGAGAAAGGAAAAACAGCAAUACUUCUUUCUAAUUUGUUAUUUCCCAAAUCUUUAACCCAUUAUCUCUCUGAACGCUUCCGCAGUGUACCAGUUGGAACGCGAAUUCUCUGCUUUGAUGAUCUCUAUCCGCAUAGUCGUUCUGUUGCCGCUAUUCGUGACCCAGAAGCUUUUGAACUUUUCUCCAUGACAGAUUAUCGUUGGCAAGAACUAAGUGUGGAGUGGUGUACGAUGGAUGGCCCGUUUUACAUUCACCAGAGGAAGUAA